GUGAACGAAUGUUUGAGCAUUUACAAGACAAAGAAGACGGAAGAAAUUGUUAGCUGCAUACAAAUCGAGCACAACGAUACAAUGUAACUGAAUGGAGUAUACUUGAGUAAUGUUAUCGAGUUAACAUUAGGCUACACCCACGAAAGGUGUGCUAGAGCGUUGACUUGAGUCAAAUUUAACCAAAUUAAUAGGCUUUCAUUCUUGCUACAUAUUUAGCGCUAGAUUAACAGAACAGUCCGGUCGUGCACGUUUAAUACCGUUUGAACAAGGUAAAUGAGGCAAUAUUUCAGCGGAUCUCUCACCUGCAGCGUGUGACGAAUUGUGGAGUUUAAUUUGCCUUUCUAUGAAAACGCCUGCAAGCGAUCAAAUAAGACUAGAAAUUAAACAAGCCUAUACGGGCCUCUACUUUGUGACAGCAAACCAGAAACGAAUUUGGCCUAAAUUCGUACUUGAUGCAGGAUGAAUAACCCCGGGUAUUGCAGCGAGGCGGACUGCAGCACCGCCACGGAUACUGUGGAAAUCACCGGCGUUACACUGGACUGUUCAGGCACCGAGGACUCGCCGCCUAUGCGCCUCGAAUCUAUCGCAGGGCAUGAUACACCUGAGGGGGGGAUGAUGGCUGCCAAUGGAGCUCCUAAGAUGGUGGACUUGCCAGAUGAGCCUGCGCCGGGGGUGGGCACGUAUGAGGACUUUAACACUAUAGACUGGGUGCGUGAGAAGUGCAAGGAUCGGGACCGGCACAGAGAGAUUACAUCUAGAAAAAAGGAGUCGAUCUGUGCGUGGAUCAUAAGCAUCAGUGAUGCCUUCUCUGGCUGGCUGGUGGUGCUGCUGGUUGGAUUGAUGUCGGGCGCGCUGGCCGGUGCCAUCGACAUCUCGGCGCACUGGAUGACCGAUCUGAAGGACGGCGUGUGCCUGGAUGGGUUCUGGUUCAACCAGGAGCACUGCUGCUGGUCGUCCAACGAAACCACCUUCCAGGAGCGCGACCGCUGCCCGCAGUGGAAGAGCUGGGCCGAGCUCAUCACCGGAAGCACUUCGGGGCCCUUUGCCUACAUUGUGAACUACCUGUCGUAUGUGAGCUGGGCACUGCUCUUCUCCUUCCUGGCAGUGUCACUAGUCAGAGCCUUCGCCCCCUAUGCCUGUGGAUCUGGCAUCCCAGAAAUCAAAACCAUUUUGAGCGGGUUCAUCAUUCGCGGCUACCUGGGCAAGUGGACCCUGCUCAUUAAGACCCUCACGCUGGUGCUGGCGGUGUCCUCCGGCCUGAGUCUGGGCAAGGAGGGCCCCCUGGUGCACGUGGCCUGCUGCUGCGGCAACAUCCUGUGCCACCUCUUCACCAAGUACCGCACCAACGAGGCCAAGCGCAGAGAGGUUCUGUCUGCUGCGGCCGCAGUGGGUGUGUCUGUGGCAUUUGGCGCUCCGAUAGGGGGGGUGUUAUUCAGUCUGGAGGAGGUGAGCUACUACUUCCCGCUGAAGACGCUGUGGCGCUCCUUUUUCGCCGCCCUGGUGGCUGCCUUCACGCUGCGCUCCCUAAACCCCUUCGGGAACAGCCGGCUGGUGCUGUUCUACGUGGAGUUCCACAGCCCCUGGCACCUGCUGGAGCUGGUGCCCUUCAUCCUGCUGGGCAUCUUCGGGGGCAUCUGGGGCGCCCUCUUCACCCGCGCCAACAUCGCCUGGUGCCGCCGGCGCAAGACCACUCGGCUGGGCCAUUACCCCGUGCUGGAGGUGCUGGUGGUAACCGUGGUGACCGCCGUGCUGGCCUUCCCCAAUCCCUUCACCCGGAUGAGCAGCAGCGAGCUGAUCUCCGAGCUCUUCAAUGACUGCAGCCGGCUGGACUCGUCCAAGCUCUGCGACUUCAGCAACGUCACAGGAGACCCGUUCAGCGGAGCUUUGGUUGACCGGCCGGCCAGCAAGAGCCUGACCCUCGCCAUGGUGGAGCUCUGCCUUGCCCUCAUCUUCAAGAUGAUCAUGACAGUCGUCACCUUCGGCAUGAAGGUGCCUUCUGGUCUGUUCAUUCCCAGUAUGGCGGUUGGGGCGAUAGCAGGGAGGCUGCUGGGAGUGGCCAUGGAGCAGUUGGCGUAUUACCAGCACGACUGGGUGCUGUUCAGCGGCUGGUGCAGCCCAGGCGCUAACUGCAUCACCCCGGGGCUCUACGCCAUGGUGGGGGCAGCUGCCUGUCUGGGUGGUGUGACGCGCAUGACCGUGUCGCUGGUGGUCAUCAUGUUCGAGCUGACUGGCGGUCUGGAGUACAUUGUGCCACUGAUGGCGGCGGCCAUGACCAGCAAAUGGGUGGCGGACGCGCUGGGGCGCGAGGGGAUCUACGAGGCGCACAUCCGCCUCAACGGCUACCCCUUCCUGGAGGCCAAGGGCGAGUUCAGCCACAAGACGCUGGCCAUGGACGUGAUGCAGCCUCGCCGCGGCUACCCGCCACUCUCCGUUCUCACGCAGAGCGGCGUUACCGUGGGAGACGCCCAGGCGCUCAUCGCUAACACCUCCUAUAGCGGCUUCCCCGUCGUCAUAUCUCCCGAGUCCCAGAGACUGGUGGGCUUCGUCCUGCGCCGGGACCUCAUCAUCUCCAUUGAGAACGCACAGAAGCGGCAGGAGGGGGUUGGGAGCACCUCGCAAAUCUUCUUCACGGAGUGCACCCCCCCACCAUCGCCUGACGAGUCUGCCCCCCUCAAACUGCGAGGCAUCAUGGACCUCAGCCCCUUCACGGUGACAGACCUUACCGCCAUGGACAUUGUGGUAGACAUCUUCCGCAAACUGGGCCUCAGGCAGUGCCUGGUCACUCAUAACGGGCGCCUUCUGGGGAUCAUCACCAAGAAGGACAUUCUGAAGCACAUGGCUCAGAUGGCCAAUCAGGACCCAGACACCAUUCUCUUUAACUGAGAACUGACUUGCAGAACAUUCUGCAUGUGAAUGCCCUAUUGCUGCACCCCUCAGGUAGCAAACAGGCCAGUUGGAUUACACCGUUUACAUGACCAGAGGUACCUGGGGUGUAUCCACCGUACUCUGCCUGUAAUGAACCCCGUCCUUCUGGACAUUCUGAGGAGAAACCUUGGGUAAGAGGCGGUUUAGAUGUCAGCUUGACCUGUCGUCAAGCUCUGAACAGUUCGAAGUGAACCACGGAUUUGGCAGAGGAAAGCUUGUGUCUUUCUACGAGCACUGCAGCCCCCAAAGCUGGGUUUCAAAAUGCAAAUGAGUGAAUGCCAUUUGCUGCAGUAUAAAAAUUACUUCUCAGGGAACUUAAAAGCAUUAAAGCAUCGACUCCUCUUGGGGAAAAAAAAAAACCUUAUUAUUUCCAGAUGUUCUACGGGGGAGCUAUUGUAGAUAAACCAUGGAACAAUGAUCUGCACAUUUUAAAUAAUGAACCCUCGCUAAAUAACUUAAUGAAUGUCUCAUUUCCAUUCAUUCAUUCAUUCCAUUGAUGAAUAGAAUUUCCAUGCUUUUGAGGAAUACAUUUUGAAAUGACCUA